CUUACAAGCUUGCAAUUUCAUUAUUUGCUCAAAAUACAACAUAAAUUUGCUUUCCAUAGCAACAAUAACACUUGGCGUUAAAUAAAACACACCAUUGUUUAAUGUUUUGCUCAGCUGUUGCCAUAUCAGUUGCAUCAGCUGUGCAGGUAGAAAAAUCUUUCAUCUAAAAAUUACGACUACAUUUUAAUCGUAAAACUUUAACUAGUAAAAAUUGCUAAAAAUACUACUAUGAUCAUUUGAAACCGGAGGUUUAAGGCCAAAGGUUUGCAAAAGGGAGUACAUAACAUUAUUUAAAGGCUGCUGUGUAAAGCAAAGGUCCCAUGCUAUGGAUGCCUCCGAUUUUGUUCUGGGAGGUUUGGCUUCAGUGGGUGCUACACUCUUCACCAAUCCCAUAGAGGUUGUAAAGACACGUAUUCAACUUCAGGGUGAAUUAGCAGCUCGUGGUACCUAUGUUGAACCCUAUAAAGGAAUCUUAAAUGCAUUUGCUGCAGUAGCUAAAAACGAUGGAUGGUCGGGACUCCAAAAGGGUUUAGUGCCAGCCUUGUACUUCCAAUUUAUUAUUAACUCCUUUCGUCUAAGCAUAUACAAUAUGGCUUUGAACAAGGGUUGGAUGCAUAAAAAGAACGGUGAAGUGUCCUUCGGUCUGGGGCUCGUGUGGGGUGCCACUGGGGGCGCCAUAGGUUCCUAUUUCUCUAGUCCAUUUUUUAUGAUUAAGACACAAUUACAGUCACAGGCAGCCAAACAAAUCGCUGUUGGUUACCAGCAUAAGCAUACCGGCAUGAUAUCUGCUUUAGUACAAAUUUACAAUAAACGUGGGGUGUUUGGAUUGUGGCGUGGCUCCAUGGCUGCUAUACCACGUGCAGCAAUUGGUUCGGGAGCACAAAUAGCCACAUUCGGCAAAACAAAAUUUCUGCUCAAGGAAUAUGAUCUGGUCACGCAUGCAACGGCGAAUUCGUUUUGCGCUGGCCUCAUUGCCGGCAGUAUUAUGUCCGUUGCUAUUACACCGCCCGAUGUCAUAUCUACUCGCCUCUAUAAUCAAGGCUGGGACGAAUCUGGUCGUUAUAAAGGAUGGUUAGAUUGUUGUGUCAAAAUUCUUAAAUCUGAAGGUAUUUAUGGCUUGUACAAAGGAUUCUGGGCGAAUUAUUUAAGAAUUGCACCACACUCGACAUUAGUUUUACUAUUUUUCGAUGAGUUACUGUUAGUACGAGACAAAUAUAUUUUAAAACAUAAAAGCUAAAUGCCAACUGUGCUCAAGUUUCAAAAACGCAAGCCAAUUAUCAUUUUCAAAGCGUGCAAUACACAAAACGUAGAUCUACUUUUAUUUCAAUUAAAAAUAGAAAAUGCUCCUCCAAUUUAUUGCUUUUCAGUACAAACAUUUUUUUAGCCAUAAGUUGUUUUUUUUAUUUUAAUUAGCUUCAUUUAAGAAAAUUCUCAAAGUGCCUUCCCACAGAGCAUUGUAGCUAGUUGUGCAGCGAAUCGCUAACCAUAGACAUAAGAUUGUUGAUUGAUAUUGUAUGAUCUAAAUAAAGUUUUAUUUUUUUAAUGUUGAAA